GGGGUAGUUAAGUGGCCGCGGGCAGCCGCGCUCCCCCCGAUUUGAAGGGGAAGAAGGGGCCGGGCCACCCCGCUCUCCGCCCCGGGAGGGGUGAGAGCCGCUCCGCUCCGUGCCUGGGGCUAGGCGGAGCAGGGGCCGGGGUGCCCGGGCCGGCCCUUCUCCGAGAGCUGUCGUCUGUGAGGCGCCGGCGGGACAUCUCCCUCCAGCGCCGGGUGGUGGCACAGCCCCGCCGGGCAGGGCAGAGCAGGGCCGGGCGGCGGGUGGACCCCCCCUUCUCCCUUCCUCCUCCUCCUUCUCCUCCUCUUCCUCCUCCUCCUGUUAACUUGGCCGCGGCGGCGCGGGGCGGUGCGCUUCGCCCUCCGCCGGCUGCGGGGGAUGCGCGGGAGGCGGCGGGAUGGCCUCGGCCGUGUUUGAAGGCACCUCGCUGGUGAACAUGUACGUGCGGGGCUGCUGGGUGAACGGCAUCAGGCGGCUCAUCAUCAGCCGGCGGGGCGACGAGGAGGAGUUUUACGAGAUCCGCACCGAGUGGUCGGACCGCAACAUCCUCUACCUGCACCGCAGCUACUCCGACCUCGGCCGCCUCUUCAAGCGGCUCCUUGACUCCUUCCCCGAGGACCGGCCCGAGCUGUCCCGAUCCCCCUUGCUCCAAGGGCUCAUCACAAUAAAAGAAGCCCAUGAUAUAGAAGCCAGACUUAAUGAGGUGGAAAAGCUUUUGAAGACUAUUAUAAACAUGCCAUGGAAGUAUUCAAGAUCUGAAGUUGUCCUCACAUUCUUUGAGAGAUCUCCUUUGGACCAAGUUCUAAAAAAUGACAACGUCCAUAAAAUUCAGCCAAGCUUUCAAAGUCCAGUUAAAAUAUCAGAAAUCAUGCGAUCAAAUGGAUUUUGUUUAGCCAACACUGAAACAAUAGUCAUUGACCACAGUAUACCCAAUGGAAAAGAGAAGCACCUGGAUGUAGAUUCAGCAGAACACUUGUUCGAAAGUGUUAGUGACUUUACCUCAGAGCUAGAAGACAGUGAUGAUCCAACAGCUUAUGUCACCAAUCUGACAUACUACCACCUGGUCCCAUUCGAGACUGAUAUUCUGGACUGAAGGCUGCUUAGUGAUGCAGUCAGCCAGCAUCCAGCCGACCUCUUUGUCCAUAGGCUCUGCUAUCACCGGUGUUGCAUCUCUGUGCAUAUGGCUGUGCAGGCAGGACCAACAGCAGAGAAGCUACAUCAAGUGCACUACAAAGCCCUCUGUUGUG